AUGAUUGGUACACCUAAAGGCGAUGAUGCGCAGUCUAAACGAUCCUCCGCUGUUCUAGAAAAUUUGGGCGAGAUGAAUCAUCCAGCUGCUGGACCGUCCAUGUUCAACACAGAAAAGGAGAAAAAUCAAGAUGCUCAGAUGUCGGCUUUCCUUAGAGAACAAUCUGAUACUGGAGAAGUUGUGGCUCCACAGGGACACUCUCCUUCUCAUAGUAUAGGCUCCAAUUCGGGUCACAACCUCGGAAACAUGUCUAGCGAAAGGCCUAGACCCAGCUUUAUGAGCAGUCCAUUGGAAUUGACCUCAGAUUCAAACUCCCCUGCACACACUGUCGCAAGAGCUGACAUUCGAGCAUCUGCCGAAAAGAUUCUAUAUACCUUUCUGCUUCCAGGUGCUGAGCGUGAGAUCAUUUUACCUCAUGCCAUUACCCAAGAUAUUACGAUUUCUAUUGAAGAGCGGGGACGUGAUGACCCAGAAGUUUUUGAUGCAGCCAAGGAUUACGUUUUCCAAGCAAUGGAACGUGAUGCUUUCCCAGGGUUUCUAAGAAUGAAAGCUUUGGGCAAUCUAGUUCCUCCUUCAAUGAUGUUAAGACUCAUCGUUGGUUUGCUAUCUAUGUUUGCUGCAUUCUGGGUUGGAUUCAUUCUAAUCUUUCUGGACUAUCCCCACCAUACUCGUGUCUGGCUCAUCAUUCCUUUCACAGUUGGUGUUUAUGCACUCUGUUCUCACCAAUAUGCACUCGAUCCUAUUCUUGCCUUGGCUGGAUACAGUGAAUAUACAUUCAUGUCCUUUUCCAAGAUCAGGGAACCCUUUGUCAAAAGGCUUCUCAACAAACGAGCACUCAUGGUCCUCAUGGUCACAGCCAUAACAGACGCAGCACUAGUCUUAAUAUUUGUCUUAGUGCCCGGCAAGAGAUUGUAA